AAUAUUAUUUUGUAACUAGAUAGUAGUAUAUUUUUUAUAAAAUGUAAAAAUCUCAAACAGUUUUUAAUUACCUACCUACAAUUAUUAUAAUAUAAUUUAACUUUUUAAUAAAACAGUGAACAUGCAUUAAUACUUUUUACAUAUUAAUAGGACUUUUCCAUAUUUGCUUAGGGUUUUGUAAAUGAGAAUAUUGGCUACAUUGAAAACACCACCCACUUCUCUAAAGUUUAACACGUGGAUAUUUUAGAAUUUCUGAUUGGCUGGCGUAAAAAAAAAGCGUGACGUUUUAACAUAUUAUUGGCUAUUGCGGAUUCGCUGGUUAUUCUCGAUUGGUCAGGAAAACCACGACUGACAGUACGUAAAACGUGUGUAUUUGGGUUGUUCCUGAGCUUGUCAGCCAAGAAGAUAACAUUUUAGUGCCAUUUAAGAAGCUGCGUGUAGUACGUGAUUGUGCUACGAACUGUUAAAAGCCUAUAGUUAAGAACUGAUAUUUCAAAUGUUUUGAAGAUGUACGACCUGACGAAGAAACUUUGCUUGGUUUUGGGACUCGUGCUGUUUUGCGGCGGCGGCGCGAGGGCGGACGACGCUGCGGAUGGCGUGAACACGGUGGACGCUGACCUCGGUGCCAGCAGGGAGGCGCUCCGCACAGACGACGAGGUGGUGCGGCGCGAGGAGGAGGCCAUCAGCGCUGACCACCUGAGCGUGGCGCAGCUCAAGGAGCUCCGGGAGCACGCAGAGGAGCACCACUUCCAGGCCGAAGUCAACCGCAUGAUGAAGCUCAUCAUCAACUCCCUGUACCGCAACAAGGAGAUCUUCUUGCGAGAGUUGAUAUCCAAUGCUUCGGAUGCACUUGACAAAAUCCGUCUUCUCUCGCUGACUGACCACGGGGUGUUGGGUGGCUUGGAAGAACUUUCCAUUAAAAUUAAGGCGGACAAGGACAGCCGCAUGCUGCACAUCAUCGACACGGGCAUCGGCAUGACGCGCGCCGACCUCACCAACAACCUGGGCACCAUCGCCAAGUCCGGCACGGCCGACUUCCUGGUCAAGAUGGGCGAGGACGAGAAGGCGCGCGAGGACCUGCACGACAUGAUCGGCCAGUUCGGCGUCGGCUUCUACUCCGCCUUCCUCGUGGCGGACGAGGUGGUGGUGACGAGCAAGAACAACAACGACAAGCAGCACGUGUGGCAGUCGGACGCGUCCUCCUUCAAGGUGGCGGAGGACCCGCGCGGGGACACGCUCGGCCGGGGCACCCGAGUCAGCCUGCACCUGAAGGAGGAGGCGCUGGACUUCCUGGAGCAGGACACGCUGAGGAACCUGGUCCGCAAGUACUCGCAGUUCAUCAACUUCCCCAUCUCCCUGUGGAGCAGCAAGAUCGUGAAGGUGCAGGAGCCCCUGGACGCGGACGAGAAGGACGAGGACAAGGCGGAGAGCGGAGAGGAGGACGAGGAGGCGAAGGUGGAGGACGACGCGCAGGACAAGCCCAAGACGAGGGAGGUGGAGAAGACGGUGUGGGACUGGGAGCUGCUCAACGACAGCAAGCCCCUGUGGACGCGCAAGCCCUCUGAGAUCUCUGAGGACGAGUACAACGCGUUCUACAAGUCCCUGACCAAGGACAGCAGCCCGCCCUUCACCAAGAUCCACUUCGUGGCGGAGGGGGAGGUCACCUUCAAGUCGCUGCUGUACGUGCCCAAGGCGCAGCCCAGCGAGAGCUUCAACAAGUACGGCUCCAAGGUCGACAACAUCAAGCUGUACGUGCGACGGGUGUUCAUCACGGACGAGUUCAACGACAUGAUGCCCAACUACCUGAGCUUCGUGCAGGGCGUGGUGGACUCGGACGACCUCCCGCUGAACGUGUCUCGCGAGACGCUGCAGCAGCACAAGCUGAUCAAGGUGAUCAAGAAGAAGCUGGUGCGCAAGGCCCUGGACAUGUUCAAGAAGCUGGACAAGGCGGACUACGAGAAGUUCUGGAAGGAGUACUCGACCAACAUCAAGCUGGGCGUGAUCGAGGACCCGUCGAACCGCACCCGCCUGGCCAAGCUGCUGAUGUUCGGCUCGUCGCACCAGCCGGGCUACACGUCGCUGGCCGACUACGUGUCGCGCAUGAAGGACAAGCAGCAGUUCAUCUACUACAUCGCGGGCGCCAACCGCCAGGAGGUGGAGGACUCGCCCUUCGUGGAGCGCCUGCAGAAGAAGGGCUAUGAGGUGCUGUACCUCACGGAGGCCGUGGACGAGUACUGCAUCUCGGCGUUGCCCGAGUUCGAGGGCAAGAAGUUCCAGAACGUGGCCAAGGAGGGCUUUACCAUCUCGGAGGGAGACAAGGCCAAGAAGAGACUGGAGGGGCUGAAGCAGCAGUUUGAGCCGCUCACCAAGUGGCUGGCCGACGAGGCGCUCAAGGACCAGAUCUCGCGGGCGGCCGUGUCGGAGCGCCUGUCAGACUCGCCGUGCGCGCUGGUGGCCAGCCUGUUCGGCUGGACAGGCAACAUGGAGCGCCUGGCCGUGUCCAACGCCCACCAGAAGGCGGAUGACCCCCAGCGCUCGUACUACCUGAACCAGAAGAAGAGCCUGGAGAUCAACCCCCGCCACCCGCUCAUCAAGGAGCUGCGGCGGCGCGUGGAGGACGACCCGGCGGACCCCGUGGCCAAGGACAUGGCCCUCAUGAUGUUCCGCACCGCGACGCUGAGGUCCGGCUACAUGCUGAAGGACACUGCCAACUUCGCGGAGUCCGUGGAGGCCAUGAUGAAGAAGACACUGGGCAUCUCCCCGGACGAGCAGCCGGAGGAGGAGGAGGAGGAGGACGAAGAGGCGGGCGAGACGGACGGCGGGAAGCAGGACGAAGUGGAGGAGACGGACGCGGACGGAGACGAGGAGAGCGAAGACCACGACGAGCUCUGAGGUGCCGCGCCGGACACGAGUGUGCCGGGACGUUUAUUUAUUGGCUCUUGGCGGGUAUGUGUGCGAGCGAGCUGGGUCGCGUGUCGUGGUUUCUUCCUGAGCCCAGACCGUUCCGAGGUUUACGAAGCCAAAUCAACUUGUGAAACUUUGGGUUGUUUUCCGACAUUGCAUUCGUGGAAGUAUCGAUGAAGAUUUUUUUUUUUUUUACUAGAUUUGUUAGAGUGUAUGUUUCAGAUGGUGUGUCGGACACAAAGGUUUUUUUUCGACAUUGCAUUUGUGGAAGUAUCAAUGAAGAUUUUUUUUUUUUACUAGUAUUGUUAGUGUGUAUGUUUCAAAUGGUAUGUCAGACACAAAUUGUUUCUAAUAAAAAAGACUGCUAAAAAUGA